AGGGCAAUAAUAGCAGUCAUAUUGUAUUAAUAAUAUUUUUUAAUUUGGCCCGAGGGGCACUUCAGACAACCAGGGCAAAGGGGCCGCGGAUUGAGCCGCCAAAACUACCACAAUAUGUCUGCAUAUCCCUAUUUUCUGUCAUUUUAGUGUCCACUCCUUCCUUGUUAUCUGCGUCUUUUCAGUCGUCGUCUGAAUCUGCUACAGACACGCAAGCUACCCCACAACAACAUUUAAAGGCGUAAGAUCUUCCAACGAUAUAAAAAUGCAUUAACAAACAGAUUUUGUCCGCACUUAAACCAACGCUCUCUGUCACUGGGAGCUGGUCAAAGAAGAUGACCCUUUUCUCUUCGCUUGAGAAAGCUUUGCUGCUGUGUGGGGGAGAGAGAGGGGGUUACAUCCUGUGGCGUUUCCUGUGUUUGUAAACUAGACGGUCUUGAAAACGUCGGGCGAGUGAAGCUGAAAGUUUAAAUGCUAGAUGAGUGAGGUGGGUGUGGCUUCCCACCAGCCCGACCAUCCUGACUGACGGAUCUCUGGAUGACCUUGUCCCCACCCCUGUCCCUGCGCUCACAUACACCACAGCAAUGUCACAUCUGCCCAGCAGCUCAGUCCGCGACCAUAUGAAAUGGGCGGGGCUGCUUGGCUGCGAGGCUGUCCUCUCCAGCAUGGCCCUGAUGCAGGCCAGCUCCAUGGCCGCUCCGCCCAAAAAAAUGAUGGCUCCACUUGGCCAUGGACCACCGCAGAGAGAGGGACCUGAUCGUGCUCCCCAGAGCCAUAUGAUCCUCCCAUCCGGAAUGAGCUGUCCACCCCUGGUUAGGACCCACUUCGGAAAUCUUAUCCGGAAGGAAGGUGAAUUCCAAGCUCCCCGCCUGCUGGAUGAGAAGGAGAUGAGGGCCAACGAGGACAUGCAGCAGAAAAAAAAGAACAGGAAAUCAGUUACGCCCUGCAAAGUGAGAGAACAAGAAGGAAGGGGAGGGAAGGGCACAGGUGGAGAUGAGAAUGGUCCAUCAUCCAAAGUGCAGAAAAACUUUAUUUGUGAUCACUGUUACGGAGCAUUUAGAAGUGGAUACCACCUGAAGAGACACAUCCUCAUUCAUACAGGGGAGAAGCCGUAUGCUUGUGCCGUAUGUGACAUGAGGUUUAUUCAGCGUUACCACCUGGAGAGACACAGCCUCAUUCACACGGGGGUGAAGCCGUACGCUUGUUCCAUGUGUGACAUGAGGUUUUUCCAGCGUUACCACCUGGAGAGACACAGACUCACUCAUACGGGGGUGAAGCCGUACGCUUGCUCCAUGUGUGACAUGAGGUUCUUCCAACGUUACCAUCUGGCAAGACACAGCCUCACUCAUACUGGGGUGAAGCCAUACGCUUGCUCCAUGUGUGACAUGAGAUUUUUCCAACGCUACCACUUGGCAAGGCACAGCCUCACUCACACGGGGGUGAAGCCAUAUGCUUGCUCCAUGUGUGAUAUGAGAUUUUUCCAGAGAUACCACCUGGCAAGACACACUCUCACCCAUACGGGGGUGAAGCCAUACGCUUGCUCCAUGUGUGACAUGAGGUUCUUCCAGCGUUACCAUUUGGCAAGACACAGCCUCACUCAUACUGGGGUGAAGCCGUAUGCUUGUACCAUGUGUGACAUGAGGUUUAUACAACGUUACCAACUGGAGAGACACAGUCUUACUCAUACGGGGGUGAAGCCGUACGCUUGCACCAUGUGUGACAAGAGGUUUUUUCAGCGCUACCACCUGGCAAGACACAGCCUCACUCAUAUGGGUGUGAAACCUUAUGCUUGCACCAUGUGUGACAUGAAGUUUUUUCAGCGUUACCACCUGGCGAGACACAGCCUCACUCAUACGGGUGUGAAACCUUAUGCUUGCACCAUGUGUGACAAGAGGUUUUUUCAGCGCUACCACCUGGCGAGACACAGCCUCACUCAUAUGGGUGUGAAACCUUUUGCUUGCACCAUGUGUGACAUGAGGUUUGUUCAGCGUUACCACCUGGCGAGACACAGCCUCACUCAUACGGGUGUGAAACCUUAUGCUUGCACCAUGUGUGAAAAGAGGUUUUUUCAGCGCUACCACCUGGCGAGACACAGCCUCACUCAUAUGGGUGUGAAACCUUUUGCUUGCACCAUGUGUGACAUGAGGUUUGUUCAGCGCUACCACCUGGCGAGACACAGCCUCACUCAUACGGGGGUGAAGCCGUAUGCUUGUUCCAUGUGUGACAUGAGGUUUAUUCAGCGUAACCACCUGGAGAGACACAGCCUCACUCAUACGGGAGAGAAGCCAUUUGCUUGUGACAUGUGUGAUAUGAGGUUUAUCCAGCGCUACCACCUUGAGAGACACAAGCGUGUCCAUAGUGGGGAGAAGCCUUACCAGUGUGAACGGUGCCAGCAGAACUUUUCACGGACAGACCGGCUAUUGCGGCAUCGGCGGUUGUGUCAGGGUCGCGGCGUAGCCAAAGUAGAGAACCAGCCGUGCUGCGAACCACGCCCAUACCCCCAAGAACCCCCGCCCGCACCCCAAACCUGGAGUCCCCUGCACCCCCCUCCAGGCCGACUGGCGGUUUGACAUUCCACCUUCUGUACAUCCACAACACCGCCGAGCCGGGACAAGCCACAGGGUUUCUUCUUCUCAGCUCUGUGCUGAGUGACGCCACGCUCUAGCACAGACUGAUCUUGCAGCUCUAGUCCUGGGAUUACUAACGACAGAGGGACAUUUGUGUUUUUUUCUUUUGUUGACUUUUUACGGUUUCCUUUACCUUCCUGUUUUUUGUUAAAGACGAGACUUUUCUGUGAUGAACAGUGGUCCUGUUUUGUACUUAAUCUAUUUGAUUUUUGAAAAAAAAGGUUUUUAUUGUUCAAAUAUAUCUGCAUUUGGUGGUACUCGGGAAGGGCAAUGGGUAUUGUUGAUCCUGAUGUGUUAGCAACAAAAUGGGAUGAAGUUGUGAGAGAAAAGUAUUUGAGCUUCUUUCUAAUUGUUCCUCAUAUGGCCCAUUUUGACUCAAAAAGAUUCUCACUUAGGUCAGAAUUAAUAAAACUGAACUUUCCUUCCAGGUGAAGCAAGGAAACCACUCUGUGACAUCUCAUGGAGGACAGAUCCUGCUCGCCAUUGUCACUUACGUAGUGCUCAGCAUUACGACAUUUCAGUGACAGCAGUAUCUGGUCGAAAUAUAAUUUGAACUAUAGGAUUUCCCUGACUUUAUCAACUUAGGAGGUACAAUUUUAUUGAUUACUUUGUGUAAAUAAUUGAAAAUGUUUUAUUAUUGUUUCACUAUGGGACUUAAGUGGUGAGUGUUUUUUGUGCACAAAAUGGGCCAAAAACAAACUCGUUAGAAAUGGGUUCAAAUACGGUCUUCUUCCAUCGUUUCAGUGAAAUCAUAAGGAAACCUGAGUAACUUGUGUGUUUAUUAAAAAAAAAAAAGUAAUAUCAGACCGCGCUUCAUAACUGUAAACCAGGACUUCCAAGAAGUGGAUGAUGAGAGGGGCAGCCUGCAGUUGACUGGCUCUGUGUACGACAUGAGGCUGGGUCACAGGAGUAUCACCUGUGGAUCUCACGUUCUGUGACGUGCUGAUGACUCAGGAAAGGGCACAGGAUGGCAGCCUUGGCAAGUCGUCCUCCGACACUUAACAGAGAGUUAUUGCAAGUUCAGCUGUGUAUGUACACAGUUUGUAUA